AUGCUUCCGUAUCUCAAAAAACAAGUGAUGGAUUUAACAGAAAAACUGGCAAAAGCUGUCCCAAAUCGAGCUGAAACGAUUUCCAGGCCGACCAGUCUCCGCGAAGCUUCCAGAGAAAAAUUGAAAGAAAAUAAACCUCUAAAUUGGAUAAAUUCAAAAAUCCAACCAAAUUUCGCAGAAUCCAAUGGAAUUUUGAAGCUGAAAAAUGCCCAGCUAACUAGAGAAAAUGAGAAUUUGAUGCGCAAAUUAUUGAAUACAAUUCCAAUGGAACAACAUCAGGAAAUUGUGAAUAAAUUCCAGCAAAAAAUCCAUAAUCUGGAACGGGAGAAGCUGGAAAUUAUGGAAAAAUCUGAACUUUCACUGAAUUUCAAGCAAAUUCGAGAGCUUUCCGGGAAGGAGGAGCUGAAAAUGAUGAAGAGGGAGAUGGAGGCAAAUCGGGAGGAAAUUCAAAAUGUGCUGAAAAAAUUUAAAAACGAAAAAUCCAGCUGGAGAGAUCGAGCGACAAGUUGGAAGGUUUCACCGACAAAAAUUGCCGCCACCUACGUCUCACUGAAAGCCGUGAUAUGGGGCUAUCGAAGAAUAAUCGCAUCAAUCCCAAUUAUAACCGCAUUUAUCAUGUUUUUCCGGAAGAAAUAA